AAAUAUUAGUAUAAGUUAUUUAUUUUUUUCAUUUGGUUUCUUUUUGUUUUUGACUAUUGUGUUGAUUGUUUUGCUGGUAUUUAUUUGUGUUGUAAACAUAUUACAGACCUUUAGUUCACACUCCACAUCACUAGGUGGCGGUAAUGCAUCCAAAAUAUAACCAGAAGAAGAAGAACUGUACUUCCCAUGACGAAAACAUGCUAACUUUUCCCAUGACAUCAUCAUGUGUGUUACCGUACGGUGGAAGUGGAGCGAACCACCGGAAGCUGUUAGAAUGGAUACACUCAUUAAAGUGGAGCAGUCUCAUCUCCUGUUAGCCAGGGACGCUAAAGGAAGCGAGCUGUGCUAGCAGGAGUAGCUUUGAUAGAGAAGCUAAUACGUUAGCUUGCUAGCUGGAACAGACGGACGCGAAUGUAAUGUAAGUUAGCAACAGAGCUCAGAUCAGCUUCAAACGGAGCGUCUGUAACAAUGUCACAGCCACUGCUGGACGCUGUCUGCCGGCCUGGAGACAUCCAGCAGCUGUUGGUGAGUGAAGAAGGGGAUCCCUGUGAGCAGCAGAAGUGGAGCCCCAGUCUGGACCAGGAGGACCCACCAGAGCUGCCACACAUUAAAGAGGAACAGGAGGAACUCUGGACCAAUCAGGAGGGAGAACAGCUUCAAGCGCUGGAGGAGGCUGAUAUCAUGAAAUUCACAUUCUCUCCUGUCCCAGUGAAGAGUGAAGAUGCUGAUGAUGAUGAAGAGAAACCACAGCUUCAUCAAAGCCAAACUGAAAAGAACAAUCAUGAAAUGAAAAGCGAAGCUAAUGGAGAGGACUGUGGAGGACCAGAACCUGCCAGGUACUCAGAUCCAGAUAGUCAUUUACAACCAUAUACUGAUGACAACACGUCACACUCCUCUGAACCUGAGACUGAUGACAGUUGUGACUGGGGGGAGACCAGUGAGCCUCAGUCAGGUUUAAACCCUCUGCCAAACAAUGAAGUACCUGUAAGUGAUACAGAAUGUGAUUCUCAGCCAAAUAGCCAAACAGGAGUGAAACCAUUUACCUGUUCAGUUUGUGGUAAAAGAUUUUCCCGGAAGCACUCCUUAAAGACUCACAUGAAAAUUCAUUCAGAAGGAAAACUUUUCAGCUGCUCAGUUUGUAAAAAAUCUUUCCAGCAGAGAGAACAUGUUGCGAGACACAUGAGAGUCCACACAGGAGAGAAACCCUUCUGUUGCUCUGUCUGUGGGAUAAGGUUCGCGCAAAAGGAUACUCUGAGACGACAUUUGACGACCCACACAGGGGAGAAACCCUUCUGUUGUUCUGUCUGUGGAAAAGGAUUUUCAUUAAGCUAUAGCUUGACAUCACACUUAAGAGUUCAUACAGGAGAAAAACCUUUCACCUGCUCAGUUUGUAAGACCAGUUUUAGUGACAGACAGAAUUUGUCCCAACACAUGAGAAUCCACACAGGGGAGAAAAGAUUUAGUUGUUCAGUUUGUGGUAAAAGAUUUGCAUUACAUGGAAAUCUGAGACAACACUUGACUGUCCACACAGGGGAGAAACCCUUUAGUUGUUCAGUUUGUGGGAAAGGAUUUACACGAAAGGGAGAUAUGGGAGAACACUUGACUGUUCACACAGGGGAGAAACCCUUUAGUUGUUCAGUGUGCGGUAAAGGAUUUGCACGAAAGAGAUUUCUGAGAGAGCACUUGACGGUCCACUCGGAGGAGAAACCAUUCAGCUGCAAUGUUUGUGAUAAAACUUUCACUCGGCUUCAUGUUUUCAAGAAGCACAAGUGUGUUGGUGAGAGCACUGGAAGUAAAUGAAGCUUGUUGAGCCGAUUACUUCCAGAAUGUUAUGUGCUAUGCUAUGUGAUUCAGGAUUAGUGUGGGAAUUAUCAUUUUUCCAUCACAAUUUUAAUUUAGACUGAAUACAAAUGAUUAAAAUCAUAAUGAUGUGACAUUUGUUGGGGUCUUUACCAAACAAAUAUGUUUUCUAAAAUCUGGACAAUAAGAUUUGUAGGUAGGUAACAUGCACCUGUUUUUCCAAAUCAAAAAUACUAGUUCUAAUUAAAUAAAGAAAUAAUGGUAAAACAAUAGAAAACUAAAUGUGAUGGUGGGGCACUCAGAUAGCGCACCCAGGUACCAAGGCCGAGUCCUUGCUGCAGUGGCCCAGGGUUAGAGACCAACCUGUGGCCCUUUUCUGCGUAUUAAACAAAUAUUUAUUGAACACUCCGUAAUUUAUUUAAAUCUGUAGCAAUAGCUGUAAAGGAUUCAACUGUAAAUGUCAUUAUGCAUGAAGUAAAGCAAAAUACUUGCAAAUGUACACUGAACCCAAAACAAGCCGUUUAUGCUUGUUUCAUGUGUUUCUGCUAAUGAGAACAACUGUGGGUAGUCCAACAUGAUAAUCACGAUCAUGAACUCAUCUGUUGUUAGUUAUAACAAACAAAUUAAAAACCCAUAUAGGAAAUGUUUGCGUGAUUUUGCUAACAUGCUAAUGUUCAGUAACUCGUGUUAGUGGAUUGUUUGGAGGUUUUGUGUAUCUAUUGUGAAUUUUAUGCGGAAGAAUAAACAAAAGACAAUACCUCUGUUUCUGAUGCAUCAAUCCAUUGGUCAACUGUCCGACAUUGUUUUUGUAGUACUCUUUCAAGAAAUAGACUGACUACAUACCACAAAGUGUUUGAUGACCAAUUUAUGGAAGCUUGCGUUGUUGUAUUACUGUAUAUUGUAUGUCUGGGAAAUGUUUUUGGUUCUUUUGUUUUUGUCUGUACUCAUGUUGUUUUUGUUUUUAAUGUUUGUGCCCCUGACUGCAAAUCAAGUUUCCCAUCUGGGUUAAUAAAUUGCUUUUAAACUGA